AUGCUUGGUGCGCCCGUGAACUUGCCGAAAUGGCUAGAAGAGAACUCGCACCUCUUGGAGCCGCCCGUCAGCAACUACUGCGUCUGGAAUGAGGAUUUCAGUGUCAUGAUCGUCAACGGCCCUAACAGUCGCACCGAUUAUCACAUCAAUCCGACACCCGAGUGGUUCUACCAGUACAAGGGCACUAUGCUGCUCAAGGUAGUGGAUACCGGAGUCUUUCGCGACAUCUUCAUCCGCGAGGGUGACAUGUUCCUGUUGCCGAGCAACACGCCGCACAAUUCUGUGCGCUUCGCCAACACCAUUGGCCUCGUGCUUGAGCAGCGCCGCCCGCUGGACUCUAUUGACCGCCUGCGCUGGUACUGCGCCAACUGCGGCUGCGUUGUUUAUGAGACCGCGUUCCACCUGACUGACCUGGGCACCCAGCUAAAGGCGGCCAUUGAGGAGUUCCAAAGUGAUGAUGAGAAGCGAACGUGUCACGAGUGUGGAGCGAUGGCAGACGCGGAACCAAAGCCUGCGUCUAUCAAAGAUCCGAACUUGGAGUGA